AUGUCAUUCUUGUUGCCACAUUUGAAGAGUGGAUGGGCUGUAGACCAGUCGAUCGUUACAGAGGAGGAAAGAGUCGUAGUGAUUAGAUUCGGUCACGAUUGGGAUCCAGAUUGUAUCAAACAGGAUGAGAUCCUGUUUGCCGUGGCAGAGAAGGUCAAGAACUUUGCCGCUAUCUAUGUGGUGGACAUCACAGAGGUGCCUGACUUUAACAAGAUGUACGAGCUCUAUGAUCCCUGCACCACAAUGUUCUUCUAUAGAAACAAGCACAUUAUGAUUGAUCUUGGCACUGGUAACAAUAAUAAGAUUAACUGGCCACUUACAGACAAACAAGAUAUGAUCGAUGUCAUUGAAACUGUUUACAGAGGUGCACGUAAAGGCAAGGGUUUGGUAAUAUCGCCCAAGGACUUCUCCACCAAGUACAAGUAUUGA